UACUGGUACAUGAUUGAUUUUUUGGAACAGUAUUAUUUGUAGAGUGUCAGAUCUCGCAAUAAUCAUAAUCUCUUACCUUUUCCAUCUCCUACCUCUCGUGUCUCUCUUUCUCUCUCCUCUUCAUCUUCUCAUCACACCUUCGCGAUCGCAGUAUUUGAUCGAGGAUGGGUGCUCAGGACAAUCUUGAUGUUGACGAUGGAAACCUGGAGGUUGGGAUGGAGUACAGAACCGUCUCUGGAGUUGCAGGACCACUAGUUAUUCUCGACAAGGUUAAGGGACCUAAAUUUCAAGAAAUCGUCAAUAUCCGUUUGGGAGACGGAUCAACCCGUAGAGGUCAAGUGUUGGAAGUUGAUGGUGAAAAGGCUGUAGUACAGGUGUUUGAAGGAACUUCUGGAAUUGAUAACAAAUACACCACCGUGCAGUUCACUGGUGAGGUUUUGAAAACUCCCGUCUCCCAGGAUAUGCUUGGGCGAAUUUUUAAUGGAUCUGGUAAACCUAUUGACAAUGGUCCUCCAAUUCUUCCCGAGGCUUACUUGGAUAUUUCUGGGAGUUCAAUCAACCCCAGUGAAAGAACUUAUCCAGAAGAAAUGAUUCAAACCGGCAUUUCCACAAUAGAUGUCAUGAACUCUAUCGCUAGAGGGCAAAAGAUCCCUCUAUUUUCUGCUGCCGGUCUUCCUCACAAUGAAAUUGCCGCACAAAUUUGUCGCCAGGCAGGUCUGGUGAAGCGGUUAGAGCAGUCUGACAACCUUUUGGAGGGUGGUGAAGACGACAACUUUGCUAUUGUUUUUGCAGCUAUGGGAGUUAAUAUGGAAACUGCACAGUUCUUUAAACGUGAUUUUGAAGAGAAUGGGUCUAUGGAGAGAGUUACUCUCUUUUUGAAUCUGGCCAAUGACCCUACUAUUGAGCGUAUCAUUACUCCUCGUAUUGCCCUCACAACUGCAGAGUACCUGGCAUAUGAAUGUGGGAAGCAUGUGCUUGUUAUUUUGACUGACAUGAGUUCUUAUGCUGAUGCACUUCGUGAGGUAUCAGCUGCCCGUGAAGAAGUGCCUGGAAGGCGUGGUUAUCCUGGUUAUAUGUACACUGAUCUUGCCACCAUCUAUGAACGUGCUGGACGAAUUGAAGGGCGAACAGGGUCUAUCACUCAGAUUCCAAUUUUAACUAUGCCUAAUGAUGAUAUUACUCACCCUACUCCGGAUCUUACGGGUUAUAUUACUGAGGGACAAAUCUAUAUUGACAGACAGCUACACAAUCGUCAGAUAUACCCACCAAUCAAUGUCCUACCCUCACUUUCCCGUCUCAUGAAGAGUGCUAUUGGUGAAGGCAUGACUCGCAGGGAUCACUCCGAUGUCUCCAACCAGCUAUAUGCAAAUUAUGCCAUUGGAAAGGAUGUACAGGCAAUGAAAGCUGUGGUUGGAGAGGAAGCUCUUUCUUCGGAAGAUCUGCUAUACUUGGAAUUCUUGGACAAAUUUGAGAGGAAAUUUGUAGCUCAAGGAGCAUAUGACACCCGUACCAUCUUCCAAUCACUCGAUCUAGCAUGGACACUCCUCAGGAUCUUCCCCCGUGAGCUUCUCCACCGUAUCCCUGCAAAGACACUCGACCAAUACUACAGUCGGGAUGCUUCAAAUUGAUAGCAGAACGAGAAAUCUGUACACCAGCGUCCGUUGUUUCAUUCCGGUACCUUCAAUUUGUUCUUUAUUGCUGUUUACUAAAUCGUAUGGCUUCAAAUAAAGGUUCCCGUUUUCCGGUCUUCUUUUGGUUAGUUGGUGUGUACAUUUAAGAUAAUUCUUUUAGUGUGAGGGGACUAUGUAGAUUGUCAAAGGGAAAAAACAAGAAGCAGCUGUGUUUUUGUGGUUUUUGACAAUUAAUCCGCAAAUUUCUUGUACUAUUUAAAGGCUUGAGAAGUGGGUUUAGAGAGCAGGAUUCCUCGGCACUUAUUUUCACCGCUUUCUUAAGCAUGUAUUUUUAUUUAUAAUACUAUUCGUAGCCCGGUUAUUUGUUGGGAGCUUUGCAUACAAUAAUUUUUGGUGUAAUUGUUUGUACACUGCCAAAUAAUUUAGACUGGUUCACAUUUUUUA